AUGGACCGAACUCUCGUUUGCGCGACGUUCCUGUCCCGGCUGCUCCCAGCCGCAAUCCUCUCUCUGAAGCCUCUGUUCUCUUCAUUCGACGCGGCCUCGUCUCAUCCCCUCCUCCGCUGGGACGCGCUGCAUUUCCUGCAUAUCGCGCGCGAAGGAUAUGUCUACGAGCACGAAUGGGCGUUCCUCCCCGGCCCAGCCGUGAUGCUCUCCAUCCUCCCGACCUCCGUGCUCGCGCCGACUAUCGUCUCGCUUGUGCUGGCGUACGACAUGUCGGCGACGAUGUACGCUCUGUCGCUGCACCACCUGCGGCUGCCGUCCCUGGCGAAGCUGGCUACUUUGCUGUCACUGCUGCCGAGCAGCCCCACGACGCUCUUCCUCGCACCGUACUCCGAGCCGUUCGUCACGUAUCUGUCCUACAAAGGCAUGCUGUGCUGUGCCCGGGCACAGUACCUCGGUGCUGCGCUGCUGUUCACACUGGCGGCAUGCUUCCGAUCGAAUGGGUUCCUGCUGAGCGGGUUCAUCAUCUGGGACCUCGUCGCCGCGCCCGUUCUGACCUACAAAUCGCUCGUCUGGUUCUCGGUCCUCAAAUGCGUCCCCCUGGCUGCUCUCCCGCUGAUCCCCUUCAUCACCCACAAUCUCGCUGCAUACACGGCCUUCUGCUCAGCUCCACCACCGGCUGAAUGGUGUACGCGACGAGUGCCUAUGAUCUACUCCUACGUCCAGCACAAGUACUGGAACGUCGGGUUUCUGCGCUACUGGACUCUCGAACAGCUUCCGAACAUGAUCAUCGCUCUGCCGCCUUUACUCGCCAUUUCCGUGUUCAGUCUGCACACACUCUUCUCGGGCAAAACGAGGUCGUUGUUCUCGCAGGCGUCGCUUGCGCCGCAUGCGAUUCACGGGCUGAUUAUGUGUCUGAUUCUGGCCUUCGCAUCGCACACUCAGAUUGUGCUGCGCCUAGCCGCGUCGAUGCCGAUCACUUACUGGGCUGCCGCAUGGCUUGUUGUUGAACAUCCCCGCUGGGGCCGAGCCUGGGUCACCUGGAGCGUGAUCUGGGGUGGCCUCUCGACCUUGCUCUGGGCAGCAUUCCUGCCCCCAGCUUGA